AUGAUCAUCCGCGAGCUGGGUCGCGGUACGCACGGCAAGGUGAAGCUGGCAUUUGACACCGUGACCGGCGAGUACUAUGCGAUCAAGAUCAUCGACAAGGAGUCGCGCGACAAGCGACUGCGUCCCAACGCCGCCCGCCGCAACCGCUCGUCGCAUGGAUACCUGCGCAUCGACAUUGACAAGAUGGAGAAGGUGAAGCGCGAGAUUGCAAUUCUGAAAAAGUGCAACCACCCGAAUGUUGUGCGGCUGCGCGAGGUCAUUGACGAUGCACAUGCGCGCCGCAUCUACCUUGUCAUCGAGUACAUGGAUGGCGGCGAGAUUGUGUGGCGGGACCCAGAUAACCUGCCUGUCAUGUCGCCCGACAAGGCCCGCUCGGUGUUCCGCGACUUGCUGCUGGGCGUCGAGUAUCUGCACUACGUCGGUAUUCUGCACCGCGACCUGAAGCCACAGAACCUGCUGUGCAACAAGCAGGGCAAGGUCAAGAUCUCGGAUUUUGGCGGUACGCUUGGCGACAUCAAGGUCGAGUACAGCGAGGAAGAGGAGGAGCGUGAGCUGGCCAAGACUGCUGGCACGCCUGCUUUCUUUGCCCCCGAGCUCUGCUGCACCGCCGAAGAGCUGACUCGAGUUCUGAAAGAGGACCCGAAUGUCAUUACGUCGGCGAUCGAUAUCUGGGCCAUGGGCGUCACGCUGUACUGCCUGAUUUACGGCCGCGUGCCGUUCAGGGCGACGACGGAGUUUGAGCUGUUCAACAUCAUCCCGCGCAAGCAGAUCGAGUUCCCAGAG